AUGGACUCGUUUGUGCGCGAAGCCUUCUCACUGCUCGGAAUCGGCUUGUUUGUGAUUGGCCUCCGACUUUACGUUAGAAUAUCCUCGGCUGGACUGAAACAUCUCCAUGCUGAUGACUAUCUCAUGAUCCUGGCCGCGGUGGCUUACUCCGUCGAAACAUACCUAGCCUACUCGGUCGGCGCGUUCUGGAAAGGACUUGCCAACAAUGGCAUGACCGACAAGCAGCGGUAUCUGCUGGAUCCGGACAGCGAGGAGUACCAAUGGCGCGUCAGCGGUUCAAAGACGCAACUGGCCGGGUGGUCCACUUACACCUUCUUACUCUGGGUCAUCAAAGCGGCCAUGUGCUCUUUUUAUCUCCGUCUCACUGAGGGUCUCGGUUUUGAAAAGCGCAUAUAUGCGGGCUUCGUUCUCAUCUUUGCCACGUGGCUUGCUGUCUUGCUCUCCAUCCUCCUGGGAUGCCAACCGUUCCAGAAGAAUUGGCAAAUAUAUCCUGACCCUGGAAAUGCAUGCCAGCCCGCUAUUUCCAAAAUCGACAUCUUUGUCACCGUGGUUCUGAACGUUGUCACCGACAUAUAUCUCAUGAGCAUUCCUCUCCCAUUGCUCUGGAAGUCCUCGCUGAGAUCGCUUAAGAAGGCAGGCCUUAUGCUGCUCUUCUCCGGUGGCAUCUUUGUCACGGCGGCAGGCGUUCUGCGUUGCGUUCUUAUCAUUGCUGAUCCAGUCAACGGCGCCCAGAAGGCAGGAUCAUGGGCCGUACGGGAGACCUUUGUCGCUGUCGUCACAUCAAAUCUGCCCAUGAUCUCAUCUCUCAUUGCCCGCUGCUUCCGU